CAGCCCGAGGAGAGAGCCGGCUCCCUGCGGGACGUCGCUCGGCAAGGCACGCAGGCGGCACGGGCUGCUGGAAGCGCCGGCGACUCCAUGCCGAGCCGCUCCGUCUUGUGCUCGAGGUGGUUUGCCUGGCGCAGCUUUUCCUGGCGCAAAGAUUAAAAACAUGUGAUGGGACAACUUCCCCUUUUGGUUUGGUGCAGUGGUUAAAAAGGCGGCGGGCCUCACCUGCCGUAAAAGGGGGGAAACUCAUAAGGGACUCCUAAAGGUUUGGCUUUUGCAGUCUCUCCAUGCGAAUUGCUUGCUGCUUUUUGGUUUUCCUGUCAGCGAAACAGGUGGGGACAAGUCUUACAUGCGUUUAGCAGGCAGUUGCCAGCUGACCAGAAAAAGCCCAGCUUUGCUUGCUCUGGUGCCUUUAACAGUGCCAGGAAGCCAGCAAGUGGAGGCUUCCAGGAACUCUUUGGCACCUGCUCGCAGCUGCAGAUUGCAGUGGCAGCUAAAGGCAGAGAAGCAAAGGUGAAUUUGAAAGUUGGCAACUGUAGAGGUGCCAGUGUUAUCCUUCUGUAAAUGGCAGGACACCUGUGUCUUGGCUAUAAGGGAAGUAGAGAAACAAGAAAUGAAACGCAGAGAUGCGGGGCUAGGGACUGGUUUUCAGUGGAAAGUAUGAAGCAACAGCUGAUGUUGUAGCCUCCAGACAAUGGGGGUGGCUGAGCAGUACUUCUUGAGAAGUAGGCUGAGGUUUUGUAGGUUGGUUAGAGCUGAAAUACUGAAAAAGAUAUCUUGGGAACGAGGCAAGCUGCGGCAUGUGCAGUCGAGUGUUGCACGUAAGCCGUACUUCGUCCUCCAAAUGCUAAGGAAAUGCACUUGUUGAAAUCGAUCCUUUCAAAUCCUCCGGCAGUGGAUGGUCAUCGACUGGUCGGCAGUAUCACCAGAAUGCCUUGCUCGUUUUUUCUUGCAACCACAGGCCAGUAUUUCUUCGGAAGCACGUGUAGGCUUUGAAACUUGGUUAGCCAGCCACCAACACUGAAAUCUUGGAAAUGUUUUCUGCUCCAGGUGUGAGGCAAGCUGCAAGGCGUGCAAAUUUGUAGCUUAGAAACAUGAGCCGGUGGAGUCGGUGGAGUCUACACUUUCUUUACUGAAUUCCAAGGAAGCUCAUUUGUUGAAAUCAGGGUGACUGCAAACCCUCGGGCUGUGCAUGCUGCUAGACCACACUGGUGAUCGCUUAGUUAAGGCCAUUGUCAUGUUUCACUUGGUUUGGCUUGUUUGCUCAGGGCCCUCGAGAUAUGUUGGACUACAGUUCCUAUCAGGUGCAGCCACUAUGACUGGGGAGUGAUGGGAGUUAUAGACCAACACAUCUGGACACCCUUUCACAUGAAGAAGGCUAACUUAGAGGCUUUCUACAUAGGGCAGCCAACUUUUAAAAUGAGCCCUGCUCCUCUGCCUCUAAUGGCAAGAGUGACAUGCAGAAAUCAAGCUGCUGAAACAUUCCCCAUCGCUCCUGCAUCAUCCUCCCAGUGAAGGCUCCAGCCGUUUAAUCUGUGCUUUUAGGGUUGCUGUGAAAGGCUGGGCUGGCAAAAAUAAGUUGGCAACCCUAACUCUAAGCAGAGUGCGUUUGUGCAUGUCAGUAGCCGUGACUUAGCACAUCCGACUCAGCUCAGGAAGACCUGCUGAUAACGGGUGGCGAGAAAGUCAACUAAAAGCGGGUAUGGAAUGAUCUUAUGCACGCGAGUGCGUCUGAUAUGGCUGCGCAUUGAUAGAGGUUUCCGCCACCGAAAAGCACUCGUGGUCUCGCCAUGUGGGCACCGGGCCUGGUCAGUGCAGUUGCAGAGAUGUUGUUUAUUUUGGGGGCCACAAACUGGAUGAAGAUACAGAAAGAACAUGUACAACUGCCUGCAAGAAGUCUUUUUCUGUCUGAACAUGCAGAGAAUUGCACUCAAAAGCUCUUCCUUCGGGCCACUGAUUCCAGCCUAUGGAAAAAGGAUGGACCAUAAGUGGAAAACUGCCCAGUGAUGGGCAGAUGAGGGGGCAGGGGAAGGGGCGUGGCCCUCCGCAGAACCCGGGGGCCCACCUGGCCCUUGGCUGGGGGGAUUUGAUCCCCUUGCUUUGAGAUUUCCCAUCCCAGUCAUAAGCCACCCAAAGCCGGGAGGAGCAGCCGAGGCUUUUGGAGAUAAGAGAGCAGCUGGAAGGAAGCGGAGAUGAUAUUCCUGAAGCGGAGAAUGCGAGGCGUGCCGCAAAACAGAAUUCAGCCAGGACAAGCUUGCACCAAGGAGCCAUUUCUUCCCUGGGAAAACACACACACCCUGACAAGGUCUUUCGCUCUCCAUGCUCCAGGCUUCCUUUCCCGGGGUGUGAAGUGUUCCAGUUUAGGAAUGAGGCUGGACCAGUUUGUCCCGCCCCCGCUAACCCCCAAGGAUGCCUACGUUAAUGAGUAGCUGGGCAAACAAUUCCUGGCAAGAAAUCCAGGCACACAAUUCAUCACGCGAGUGACGCACUCCGUGACAGGGUCUAGCGAUGACCUGAUCUGUGUGUGGCUGGCUAGCUGAACUACACCAGACUGACAGGAUCCAGAACUGCUUGCCUGCCCACCCCUAUCUCAAGGGCUUCGGAUGUCAUAACAAGCAAUUUCAGAAAAUAAAGCUAAAAUGAGGGCUGUCCAAGAUGUUUGGGGUCAUCAUGAGACUGGCGAGCUGCAAGGCAGUCUUGCCCAAACUCCUGAGCUGCUCCAACUCACUUCCUUUGUGGAAGUGGCUGAGUCCAGAGCAGGACUUGAGUGCAGAGAGCCUCCCCUACGGGGAACAGUUAAGAGCAACAACUUCCGCGAGGCCUCAGCCAGACCCUCUGCAGCCUCGCCCCCUGCUCCGGCCACUGAGCGCUUGGGGGCUCGCAGGUCUUCUGCGUCCUUUCUGAAAGGCAGAAUUGCCUCUCUCAAGCCCUUGUGCCUGGCAGUCAAAGCUUUAAGCUAAAACGUGCUGGCAGCAUUGGGCUUCGAUCUGGGGAUGCCAGCCCUGCUCUUUUUACAUUUGUCCCCAUACGUUCCUGCAAAGGAGUCUACAAGAACGUCUCCAAAACUGAAUCCAGGCCUCCAGCUGAAAGAAGUUCUGACAUCAUGGAACGAUGGUGCAGCAUUACUCAGCUUUGUCACCAAGCUGAGGUCAGCCCAGUGCCUCUGGGAACCUGACCUCUAGCCAGAUGAAGAAAGCUAUCCCACGUCACCACGAAUGCGGUAAACUGGCUCGAGAGAUACCAAAACGGGAAUCCGGCGCAUUUGUGUUCAAUGGAUUUCCUGACGACUGGAAGUGAGCCGAGUUGGUUACUUCCAGCAGUUUAAGGUGGACCACAAUGUGUGCAUGCGUUAAAACUGUGUGUGAAAUCCGUUUAGAUGCGCACCUGCUAACCACAUCAUCACAUUGCUGGCACGUAAUUUGUGCAGAGUAGCUGGAUCUGUGAAAAUCCGAACUUGCCGUGUUGUGUAACCUUCUCCUAUGCUGCCCCAUAUUUAACUUUCCUCUAAGCUGAACAGCCCCAGACAUGGGAAGUGCAACUUCUCUUUGAAAUGGUUUUCGAAGCCUUUUCCAACCCUUUCUCGGCUCUAAGAGACCCUUUUUGUGAUGUACCUACCAGGCGUGUACAGACUGUUUCAAGUGUGGUCACACCACAAAUGUGCUUAAGACCGUUUUCCUUUCAGUUUCACUUUCCAGUAUCAGCAUCAAUGCAGUCCCACGGGACAGGUCACCUAUCUGUGGCCUCAGUCGGCCUUACAACAGCCCAGUAGAGUAGGCCCCUGCAGUAACCGCUUCUGCGCAAGCUCAGAAACACGGGCUUGCCCGAUAGCUUUCCCUUGCCUUAACCUCUUGCCCACCCUCCUUGAGAAGAGGGCCGGCAAGCAAGCAAUCUGCAAGAGCUAAAAUGUAUGGUCCGAUAUUUAAUGGUUGCAUGUUUACUCUGAAGUAAGUGCCAGUAAAUUUGGGAGGGCUUAUCCUAAGCAAGAGUGCAUCUCUUGCAUCUUACUGAGAUGCUUCCAAGGCAAGCCCCAAGGUGUAAAACACACAAUAAGCGAGAAAAAUUAGCACACGUUAACCACCUAGCUUUAAGCAUUCUAACUGAUGAACUAUAAUAUAUAAAGCAUUUUAAAAAGCAUUCAAGACGUCCUUGCCUUUAAUUCUUUAUGCUUCUGAAUCAAGCUGAAGCAGAGACAUUUCCCUCUUCUAUCCAUGUACAUGCAAAGUUGCUCUCCGUGGUUCCUUUCAGCCGGUGCAUCUGCCUUGGGAAGCCGCCGCCGCCGCCGCCGCCGGGUGGUGCUGCAGUCCCAGAAGACGCAAGGAAGGAAGGAAGGAACCCUGUGCCCAGACUAUCCAGCUGGAGCACAGCGCUGACCUUCGGAUAAGACAGUUCUACGAGGCCUGCAGGAAGAGGUUGGGAUGGAUGGCCGCAAGGCGCCCCAGAAGCUCUCUCUCCUCUCCUCCCCAGUCCGGGCUGUCAUCCGCCUGCGGAGGACGGCGCACCUCCUGAAAAAGGGCCUGUUGCCUGGGGACCCCCAGGCCAAGCUCCUGCAGCGGCAGAUAUCCCUGGGCAGAGCCAAGGUGGGCGCCGCAGCCUCCUCCCUGCUGAGCCAGGCGAGCUUCGAGAGCUCACAGUACUUUACCUUCGAUACCUCGGCGCUGCCAUCCCCGUCAAAAAGCAGCAAACGGAAGAAGAGGCUCAGGAACCCGCGGGUGCUGUACCCAGACUCCUCGAGGAAGUACCUCCCGGUCGAGCACAAAAGCAAGGCCAAGAGGUGCCUCCUCCUGCUCAUCGGCAUCGUUUGCUUCCAGAUCCUCAAUGCCAUCGAGAACCUGGACGACAACGUCCUGAAGUACGACCUGGACGGGUUGGAGAAGACCAUGCACCGCGAGGUUUUUGGGCAGCCGCUCGCGAUAGAGAGCAUCAUGGGGCUGCUCAAAGACUACCUGGCGACUCACAUACACAGCAAGCCCUUGGUGAUCUCCUUCCACGGCCCGAGUGGGGUGGGGAAGAGCCACGUCGGGUGGCUGCUGGCCAAGCACUUCCGGUCCGUCUUGGGCCACGGUUUUGUGCUCCAUUUCUUCACGAUGCACCGCUGUCCGGACCCCACUUCUGUGUCGGCUUGCCAGGCGGAGUUGUCCGAGGCGAUCGGCGACAUGGUAGCCCAAGCAGAAAUGGAGGAGAAGAUCCCCGUGUUUGUUCUCGACGAGGUGGAGUCCAUGUCUCCGGCUUUGCUGGAGACGCUGGGGGGAUUCUUCCGGAAGAACCAAACCAACGAAUUCCUCAACGCCGUGUAUGUCCUCAUAAGCAACCUGGGGGGCAACGAGAUCACCCAGGACCUCCUGCAGAACGUCUCCAGCUACCUUCUGGAUCCCCAGAGGAAGGUGGAGGAGCUGCGGACCACCCUCCGCCCCGUGCUUCACAGCCUCCAUCCCCUAUGGACCCUCGUCGAGAUCAUUCCCUUCAUGCUGCUGGAGAAGAAGCACAUCCAAAGCUGCUUCUAUGAGGAGAUGAUGACGGAAGGGAUCUAUCCUGACCCGGGCCACAUCGAGCGCCUCACCAGGCAGCUCAACUAUUACACGCAAGGAGGCCAUCAGUUUGCCAUCAACGGUUGCAAGCAGGUGGUAGCCCAAGUUAAUCUCCUGUGAGGACUGGUGCAAAACCGGCACUCGAGUGUUUAUUUCCUUGUGUGUGCAUCUCGGGCGAUGCGGGUCCCCUGCAGGGGCUGACCGAACGGCUGUUUCAACCCGAUGGGCUUUCACCAGCUGAGGCACCUCACUUUAGAUUUAAGGAUAUGUGGGAACGAACCAAGCCGCCUGUGCCAAAGAUCCCCUACAUGGACUACCGUGAUGAAAUAAGGAUGCGGAAUAGAAACAACUGAAAGAAAGCUUGGGGUCCCUUUCUUCAUGGCCACAGCUGUUCCCUGAAUAGCCCAGGGGUUGCUCCGUGGGCCUUCAAAGUUGCGUGGGCGAGCCCCACAUCAAUUCCUCUCCCCAAAACAAGAACAAAAGAACACCUCUUGCCAUGGAUGUUACAAAGUUCAGUGCACACAGACUCCAACCCCUGUUCUGGAGAGACAGUGGGAUGAGGGGAGAGGGUAGUGAACGGCUUCAGUAAAGGAAACUGAAGUUUUGUGCUCACAGCAAAAGCAGCUCUUAUCUAACAAAUACACCUGGGGAAAGCCAUGAUCUCUGGUGUACUUCCUCAGAAGCUGCAGGCCAUAAAGGCCUUGGCCUGGCUUCAGGAAAUGAUUCUGGCUUCUGGGCACCGGAAAUGUUUACUAUUCUGCCUUUGAACCUUUGCCAUCCUUCUGGUAGAGCCCAUCCAAUGUGACACGAAUGAGAGUUGCACGGUUUUUUAAAAAUCGCCAGGAGCUGGCACUUGGAGGCUAUUGACUCUUCUGCUGAGCUCCUAGGCCAACACAGAUUUGAUCCCGAUGCCCCCUGGAUGCAGAACUGCACGGACCCCUCCCUUCGACUUGCCUGACUCCUGAUGACGGGGUUCUGCUCUUAUGGGGCCAAGGUGUGGGUAUCUGCAGCUCACAUCUGGGUUGCCCCGACGUCCUGCCAGCCACGGGUUAACUGGUGCUUUCCAGGCUUUUCUGCCAUUUCCCCCACCUUCCAAAAAGUUGAAAGGCUUUGUCACUGAUUAUAAUAUUAAAGUGAGUUGGUAUUUUUUGUAUGUGGGCCUUUCGUCUUUGGCCCAGCCCACCUCUGCAAUACGGUUCCCCAGAGCUUCUCUGGAACGGCAUCCGGCCCUCGGGCUGCAACGGGCUCUGCGCUCCUGUUGCGGGGGGGGGGGGUCUGUCUCGUCCUGCUGCCAGGGCCACCUCCCUGCUCCAGCCACUCCGAGAUGACCAAGCCCUUAGUGGGCCCCCUGUCGGAGUCAGCUGGGGCUUUUCCCCUGGGGUCUCUUGCUGGGGGUCCCAGCACUCAGGGGACUGGGACCAGCACGGUCUUUCCACUGGGCUGCCUGCGCUUUCAGAUGCUGCCCAGGCUGCCCCCAUCCCCCUCGCCCUGCACAGCCCUGGGCCCUGGCUCUUCAGGCGAAGCAGCUCAUCCCCGGGCCGCAGGCGCUCGUCUCAGCCCCUGCUCCCCCCGCCAUUGCAGUCCUGCAGCAGACGUUUUCGGCCAUGUGCCCCCCAGCUCCCUUCGGCUGGAGGCCACUCCUGCUGCGGCGCUGGGGGAAGCCGGCAACUGCAGGGUCUGCACACCCCCACUCAGUCCCUGUGCCAGACCCUUUCCGGCUGGGCCUUUCAGUCCGUCCAGACUGUGUUUCUUCCUAUGCCAGGGCAGGAUCUGGCCACUUCUUGGGGCAGGGUGGAAGAGGCUGUUUUGAAAAAAUGCCUUCCUAAGAGACAUGUCAGAAGAAAGAAAGUGCAAAGAUCUUGGAUCCCCAAACCUUUUGGGCAGGUGGGCAUAUCUGGAAUCUCGCUCAAACCAGCGAUCACAGCAAGGGCCAUCACAUGGUGACCAUGGGGUGUGACCAGUCACAGGGCAGCGCGCAAAGCUUUGCUGUGGACCAAAGUCUGGGGCAGAGGUGGGGCCCAUGCGCCAAACCCAAGACACUCUUCUGAACCCAGAGAUGGUGCCUUGGAAGGGCCUUUCAGGCAUGGCAGCUUCCCACUUAACAAAAAAUAAUUGAAAGGCAUUUCAAGAAAUGCAAUUGUAAAAAUUGGCAGAGGCAGAGAAACACCUAACCUUUUUUCAGUCUGUGUGUGCGCAUGUGGAAUUUUAAAUAAAAUUAGACUCAGGAGGAGCAGGGAGUCCAGCAGAAGCUCUCUUUCUGCAUUUGGGAUGCCAAAGAUACCAGGAUUAGAAGACAUCUUACAUGAGUCCUAAUGGCUUGAACAAACUACAUGGUUGAAAAAUGUUCUGUAUGUUGUAUCUGCCCCACAUCUUGCCAGUGACAUGCAAAACACAGUUUUCUCAAGCAGAUCGUAGGAUCCAGAUUCGGUGAGGUGAACUGAGCUCCAUUUUGAAGGCGAUGUAAAUCAUGCCAGUGUUGGCCGCCUGGAGUAGCGAAUGUGGAGAAUCCAAUAGGGCAGGAACAACCGGAGAGAUUCGCUCAAUUCCUUGUGUCAGUUCUACGCCGAUGCAUGUUGAGCCGGUAUGCAGACACCCAGCUUUGAAACAGGUUGCCAUUUAUGUAAUUUUGGUUUUGGUGCUAGGGACCCCUGCACUUUUACACAAAUGGUGGAGUCCCAAAUUUUGCACUAAUCCGAAAUUCAAGGUGCAGUCCUAUGCAGGUUUGGACAGAAGAAAGGCCUGCAGCUCCUGGCACGCACCUUUUCAGUCUAAACUGUACUCUGAUGAAAGGCACGGGGGCGACGUGGUGCAUGUGCGUAUGCGGUCAGAGGACUACUCGUGUGUAAUGCUGCUGCUGCUGCAACAACAGACGUGACUUGAAUCUAACGAGUUGACCCGGUUUGCACCUCUUGCACAGCUCUCGACUCCAAUUGUGAGCAACUUCCAGGAAGCCAAGUGAGACCCCGAUUUGGCCCACUUCUGGGUGUUGCACUGCAGAUGUGCUGAGAACCCAGUGAUUUUAGUAAAAUGGAACCAGCUUUCCAGUGUCGCAUGUCCUAGUCUGGGCCAAGCCAGGUGCUGGGAGCUGGGGCCAAAGAGCCGCCAAGAUCCAAGAUUUUCGCAAACCAUGGAUGCUGUGCUUCUUUUGUUUUAUUGUAAGACCGUCCUGAGACCACAUGGUAAUGGACGGUAUCUAAAAUUUUUAAAUAAAUUAAUUAAGCAAGGA